AAUUGAGCUACAUUUCAGGUGUGUGUUUCAGCAAAGAUUUAAUUACGUUAAAGUAUAUCUUAACAUUGACUCACUUGUUUCACUUGAACAUCAUUAGUAAAAUGUUUGCCACAAACUUCCUGCUUUGUCUGCCUGUGCAAGUGAUCUUUCCCACAAGAUGUACACCUUCAAUCCCUUCUAGUGAUGUAUUCCUGGCUUCUUCUCUCUAGUCUCCCCUCCCCUGCCAUUGUUUCCAAACCUUGACUAUCAUUUUUUUUGAGGGGGGCAGGGAAGGUGUUAAUAUUCUGAAUUCUCACAUCCUGAGCUCCAUUCAGUGGCAGAUAUUGUUCAGUGCAGGCAGUCCUGGGACAUACAAAAACUUCUGCCACUAGAUGGAACCAGUCAAUCUACAGUACUAUACAGCUAUUUUUUAAAAUGUAUCUACAUUAUAUUUUGUUUAUAUUUAGUGGUGCAUUUUACUUUGCAAGUUAUUUCAGUUAGGAAUGCAUAGUAGUGCACAUGUAUGGUACAAUAUUUUAGCCUGUGCAUUCUGUUUUAAGUGAGAAAUGUCUGCAGGGACCCAACUCUGACUUUGCACUAAUUCUAUUGUAACUUUAUUUACAAAGUCACAAUUGUCAGGAACACAGACAACUAAAUGAAAACCUGUAUUUGCAAUUGUACUUUAAGGUAUUUUGAAUACAAGCAAAACUGGGAAACUUUCAAAGCUCCUGGAGAAAAAGAUAGGAAAGAACUGCGAUGGGGGAUAAGGGAACAAAUGCUUUAUAAGAACGAACUACCUCUGAAAUCUCAGCACAGUUAUGUUCCAAAUGACUACAUUAUACCAACAGAGAAGAAGCGAUCUGCAUUGCGAUGGCAAAUUAGACAUGAACUAGCAACUGGAACCAUUCCACAGAAGUUUUUCUGCCCUUUAUAGCUAGAUUAACUUGGUAUGAUGUUUAUAUAAAUCACGUUCUUUUGUAAUUGACUAACAGCAUGAAUUGUGCGAUGAAGUCAUAGAUUUUAUUGUUUCAUAAAAAUAAAAGUCCUCUUUUUCUAAA